UUCUAUUGACAACAUUUCGAUUUAUGGACAAGAAGAGCUUUCAAUACUAAAGAAAUCCGAAGAAGAGAGUAGGAAGAAUGUCUCUCCAGUGGCUUUCAGCAGCUGCGUUUUUAUACACAGAAAUUGCAUUAGGACUUUUGUUCUGUGCAGGAUUCAUUUCAAACGCCAGAUGGCAGAGCAUAUUUACAUCUCGUCUUUUGGCACUGGUCAAACAGUUUGGGAAUUUUUUCUUCAGUGCCUUUGUGUUGCUGUUGUUUGUCUUAUUCGUAGAUUCUGUUUUCAAUACAUAUCGUUUUUCAAAGAUCGAUACAAGAAAUGUUGACCUCCGUAAUAAUCCACAAGCAGAAAUUCAGGCUCACAUGAAGUUAUUCAGAGCACAAAGGAACCUGUAUAUAACUGGAUUCUCUUUGUUUAUGUUGAUAGUUUUACGAAGGUUGGUAACUUUGAUCUCAGCUCAAGCAAAAUUGGAAGCUUCCCAUGAAGCAAUUACGAAACAGGCAAAAGGAGCAUCAGAGCAAGCCAAGAAGCUAAUGGAUGAGAACGAAUCAUUAAGAAAGGGAAAACGUGCACAAACAUCUGACAGUGAGGAAUCAGAAAGCACAAACGACAAUGGCAAAUUAUUGAAACAAAUCGAGGCUUUGAAGGAAGAUCUUAAAUCAAGUGAAGAGAGAUAUGAGAAGAGUGAGAAGAGCUUAUCAGCCAUGAAAGCGCAAGCAGAGGGCUUACACAAAGAAUACGACCGCCUUUUGGAAGAGCACAACAUUUUAGAGAAAAAACUAUCCAUCGCAGGCGUUGGUUCUACCGAUUGUCAUAGCGAAGGCAAGAAAGACAGUUAAACGUAACACGUGUGAUCGGGACAUGAAAAUUCAGAUGAGGAUUGUAUAUUGAUAUUCAAAGUGUCAAAGUGCGAUAUCUAUAUGGUAUUGCGAGGAGUGUUUAUAGAUGUUAGCUAACUUUUCUUUAAGAAGCAAAAAAGCACCUCUUAAUCGUCACACUAGAUUGUAAUCCCCCCCUUUCCUCUCCCUUUCUUAAUGCAAAAUGCUGCCUUUUCGAGUGUCGGAAUUAGCUAGUUUUUUUGUUUCUUAUAUUUCCACACUUUGUGAUGCUGCUUCUAUUCUAUUGAUGGCUUCCUUGAGAUUUACCUAAAGUAAAGAAAUCGAACUUCGCGUAGGUUACUCAAAAGGGUAAGAUAUGUUUAAUGCUGUGUAUGUUAAUGUCACAACGUAAUUAUUCGGCUAUAGUCAGUUUCUUAUAAAAUUCUUUAGUAUAUUCUUAAUUUUCAAUAGAAAAAUAUUCUGUUUUGUUAUCUGAUCUUUGCAUUAUAUACACAAAUAUAACGUUAAAACACA